UACGCAUGCUUUUUUUUGGCACAGCAGAUCCAUGAACAUCUAUCAUUGAUGAACGAAGUUGUUGUCAAAUAAUAGCGUUGUCACUGAUUGCUAGUUAGCUAGCACUAGCAUUCUGUAAACAUGUCUAAAAUACAGUUGUUGAGAGCGUUUCUCAACCAGCGGCUAACUGUGGCUGCUGAUGAGAUAUUCGGGGCAGUUGAAAAAACGAUAGCUGAGUACCAGGAAGAGGUUUCCCGUUCGAAAAAGGAGAACGACCGUCUACAGAAUAUUCUUGACAUCGUUAUUAAACCUGAGAUAAAGUUACAAAGAGCAGACUUCUCUCCCCCAGACCUCCAGCAGCUCACUGUAUUGGAAGAGGAGGUUCACCCUGAGCAGCAGCCCUUAGUGCAGGAUUGGAGCCCUAGUCUUGGACAGGAGGACAGCGAGCCCAUAUGGAUCAAAAAGGAGCAGGAGGAACUCAAAAAGCAACUUCAGUGGCUGGAGUCUGACACCAGAGAGUUCAUAUUUGAUCCUUUCUGUGUAAGUGAUUAUGAUCAGGACCCAACUCAGUCCUUGCAAAUCCAAAGUGAGGAAAAUAGGGAGAGAGAUUCUCAACCAAAUGUUGUAACUGGACAGAUCAAAACAGAACCUGACGGAGAGGACUACAGAAUAUCAGAACCAACCUGUUCUUCAGCUCGGAGUACAAAUAGUGAACAUGUCAAUGGAAUGGAAAGCAAAGGAGCGCAGUCUCUUUUGAAGUCACACAAACCAAAGACCACAAAAAAACAAAAAAGAAAACAAACUUAUAGCAGUGCAAAUGGCAUGAAAUGUACUCCCUGUUCUUGUAAGGUUUGUGGCAGGUCUUUUCGGUACAAGCGUCCCUUUUUUAAUCAUGUGCAAAGUCAUGCACAUAUAGAGGAUAAAGAACGUGUCUGUGGUGUGUGUGGAAAGCACCUAGAUUCUAAAGAGAAUAUGAAAGAUCACCUCCAAACUCACAUCGUAGCUGAGCCUGAGUUUUGUCAUGUUUGUGGUAAAACGUUCACCACGAAGCUUAGGCUGAAAAAGCACAUGAGGGUUCACACAGGAGAGAAACCAUAUCGCUGCGAUGAUUGUGGCAGGUGUUUCAGUGAUGCCGCCAAUUUGAUCGGACACAAAAGGACUCACACCGGCGAGAAACCAUAUUGCUGCCAGGAAUGUGGCCAAGGAUUCACUCAAAGUGGACAUCUGGUUUUGCACAGGAGGAGACAUACUGGGGAGAAGCCAUAUCUCUGUUCUGUUUGUGGCAAAAGUUUCAGCACCAGAUCAAAUUAUACAGGACACAUGAGAGUUCACACAGGGGAGAAACCUUACAGCUGCCAUGAUUGUAGCAAAUGUUUCAGCAAUACUGCUAAUCUGAGUGCGCACAGGAGGAUUCAUACAGGGGAGAAACCAUAUUGUUGUGAUUAUUGUGGCAAAGGAUUUGCUCAGAAUGGAAAUCUUAAAAUGCACAUGAAGACACACAGGAAAUAAAUCUUAUAGGCUAAUUGCUGUAUUUGUGAGAAAUAUCUCAGCACUGAUAUCCACCCAACUUGAUAAUCCACACAAGAGAGAAAUACAUCUCUUUCGUGACUGCGGCAAAGCCUUUGCACAAUGGAAAUUUGGCAAGGCAUAAUGAGAAUGUACAAAAUGUAUAACAUGUCAGAACUCAGCAUGAACAACAACAUUUCAACAGUUUGAUAACACUGGAGAGAACUGUGAUCUGGCUCAUCUGACAGUGAUUGAGGUUUCACACAGUGGUGAGAGACUAUACAAGUGUCCUAUAGAAAAUGCUUUAUCACAAGUGUAUUAACUAGGCGUCAAAGGAGCCUAGUUUAGGAAAAAUUGUAGGCCUACAUGCAAUCCCUGCUUCAAGUUCUUCAAAUGGACUCACUAGGAAGGCACAUUCACAACAGGGAGAAAACAUGGCAGGGCCUUCAGGGAAAUGGCAUCAGACAGAGGAUUGAGAAGCAUAUUCUCACUUCCACCAGUAAGAAGAGGUGGGUAUGUACUAGAUCCCAUAAGAACCCAGCUCUUGGAUCAACAAGAUAUGACUGUACUAGCUUGAACUUACAGAACAUUGCUAGAAGUCCACAUGAACAUUGCGCAACAGAUUGCUGAGCAGCAGGAGUCCCUGCUUAUUAGUAUUACACAGGACACACGUUUGUGCUGCUGUCCUGUGUCUUGAAAACAAAACUUUGCAUUUUUUGUCUUGAAAGUAAAAUGCCUUCUCCAGUAAUACAUCAUAUCUGUUUUUAACACUGUUGUGAUGUUGUUGUCUUACUUUUCAAAGUGUUUGUUACUUCAUGGCUUUCAUACCAAAACUAUAGUCAUACCUCUGAGUUUGAUGUCAAUUUGCCUGCAAAGAAAAUAAAUACUUGUCUAUUUCAUUGUAUAUGUAUUGACAGGUAUAAAUAAUUAGUAUGCUAUGUUCCAGAUGAACUAUUAAAUGUGCAUGGGCUACCAUCUGAAAUGUGUGCUUCUUAUUUCAACCAGAAACUUAAAUAUGAUAAAAUAUGAAAAUGUAUGAUCAUUUUUAGAUCAUACAUUUUCCAGACAUCCAGAAUAAAUAACAGAUAUGCUGUAAUGGGAAAUUAUUUGGCUAUUUCUUUCCCUGUAUUUGAUUUACUGUUGAUAUGUAAUAAACAUAAUUGUGUGGGAAGACACAGACAGAUGCAUUCCCUUGGGUAACGUAUCUAUCUAUGUUUAAGUCGCUUUGUGCCUGUUAGUAUAAAAUUAUCUAUUGUAACUAACUAUUUAUGAUAUUAUUUUUGACCUGUUUAACUGCCAGUAUGAAAUGUCUGCAGGUGUUUAAUGUUAUGGUUAAAGUUUGACCCAAGACUGGAUUUAAGGACACAUUGAUAAUGUAUCUGUGCCACUGUGAUUCUGUAGCAGUUGAUGUAACUUCCUUCAAGCCUCUGGCUGAUGUUUACAGAACAUUCGGUGCUUUGUGAUUAAUAUAUAAGGACCGUUAGACAUUUUCUAUGCUUCUCUUCUGUAGGUGUUUCCCUGAAUUGUUGUAUUAAACCGGAUUGAUUUAGAUUUGACUUCAUCAAAAACUGCACUCCUUUUUGUUCACCUGGACAUUCCUGUUACAUAAUGUUAAUUGAUAACUCAUAAGUCAUAAAUA